GGCAUUUUUGUGCCAAGGCGGUAGCCUUUGGCAAAGACAGACGUCAAGUUGUGGCAUCCUGAACGGUAGACGCCUGUCUUACCGUCCACAUGCGGUGACCCAUCAGCCGGAGAGUCUCAGGUUGCACGUCGUACCUGUUUUGUCACGUCUGCCUGGAUCUCAGCGGUUGCCCAUGAUGGAGGGACGGCACCAGAUCCCCCAAUACCUCUGUCUCACUCGGACCCAGAAACACGAUAUGGGAUGGCACACAGGUUAACCGCGAAGCCUCAGAGAGGGGGCCGGGGAUUGAGCGGCUCCGUGCCCUUCCUGGCAGGCUAGGACUCGCCCCUGGGGCGCCGGGGCCUGCACCAUGGACCCCCCAGGGUACAACUGCUUUGUGGACAGAGACAAGAUGGACGCUGCCGUGCAGGACCAGGGCCCCAAGGAGCUGAGCUGUAUGGAACUGGCGGAGCUGAAGCAGCUGGCUCGCCAGGGCUACUGGGCCCACAGCUAUGCCCUGCGGGGCAAGGUGUACCAGCGCCUGAUCCGCGACAUCCCCUGCCGAACCGUCACGCCAGAUGCCAGCGUGUACAGCGACAUCGUGGGCAAGAUUGUGGGCAAGCACAGCGGCACCAGCCUGCCCUUGCCCGAGUUCGUGGACAACACGCAGGUGCCCAGCUACUGCCUGAACACCCGGGGCGAGGGUGCCGUGCGGAAGAUCCUGCUGUGCAUCGCCAACCAGUUCCCCGACGUGUCCUUCUGCCCCGCGCUGCCCGCUGUCGUGGCUCUGCUGCUCCACUACAGCACGGACGAGGCCCAGUGCUUUGAGAACGCCUGCCGCAUCCUGGCCUGCAAUGAUCCCAGCAGGAAGCUUGUAGAUCAGAGCUUCCUGGCCUUCGAGUCAUCCUGCAUGACGUUUGGGGACCUUGUGAACAAGUACUGCCAGGCGGCCCACAAGCUGAUGGUGGCCGUGUCCGAGGAUGUCCUGCAGGUGUACGCAGACUGGCAGCGCUGGCUGUUUGGGGAGCUGCCCCUCAGCUACUUCGCUCGCGUCUUCGAUGUCUUCCUGGUGGAGGGGUACAAGGUGCUGUACCGCGUGGCGCUGGCCAUCCUCAAGUUCUUUCACAAGGUCAGAGCUGGGCAGCCGCUCGAGUCGGACAGCGUGAAGCAGGACAUUCGUGCCUUCGUCAGGGACAUCGCCAAGACCGUGUCUCCGGAGAAGCUGCUGGAGAAGGCAUUUGCCAUCCGCCUCUUCUCCCGCAAGGAGAUCCAGCUCCUGCAGAUGGCCAACGAGAAGGCUCUGAAGCAGAAAGGCAUCACCGUCAAGCAGAAGAGUGUUUCACUUUCUAAAAGGCAGUUUGUGCACCUAGCCGUGCACGCAGAGAACUUCCACUCGGAGAUUGUCAGUGUGAAGGAGAUGAGGGACAUCUGGUCGUGGGUCCCCGAACGCUUCGCCCUCUGCCAGCCCCUCCUGCUCUUCUCCUCCCUGCAGCACGGGUACAGCCUCACCAGGUUCUAUUUCCAGUGUGAAGGACACGAACCCACCCUCUUGCUCAUUAAGACCACGCAAAAGGAGGUGUGUGGGGCUUACCUGUCAACAGACUGGAGUGAGAGAAACAAGUUUGGAGGCAAAGUGGGCUUCUUUGGGACCGGAGAGUGCUUCGUGUUUAGGCUGCAGCCUGAGGUCCAGCGCUAUGAGUGGGUGGUCAUCAAACACCCGGAGCUGACCAAGCCGGUGUCCUUGGAGGCUGUCGCUGCCCCGUCCCCUCCCUGCCGCCCCAUGUCCUCAGACCCUGCAGAUCGCCUCUCACCCUUCCUGGCCACACGUCACUUCAAUCUGCCCUCCAAGACUGAGUCCAUGUUCAUGGCCGGAGGCAACGACUGCCUCAUCAUAGGUGGAGGCGGUGGCCAGGCACUCUACAUCGAUGGGGACCUGAACCGGGGCCGCACCGGCCACUGCGACACUUUCAACAACCAGCCCCUCUGCUCUGAGAACUUCCUCAUCGCUGCUGUGGAGGCCUGGGGCUUCCAGGACCCUGACACCCAGUGAUGCGCCUGCGCAGGUGGUGACUGGGCUGCCACCGUGCAGUGGGGGGUGAGGCAGUGGCCAGACCCCCUCUUCAGGGGAGAGGCAGUAGAUGAAAUCCCCCCCCCCCCGCUCUGCGGUGGGCAGCGUGGGGGUGCUCUGGUGGGGGGCCGGGCAGGGGCUGCUGGGACCUCAGCUGGGAGGGGGGGUGUCCCUGCUCAGACCUGCUCAGACUUGCUGCUGCCUCUAGCUGGGACUCGCCUGUUCUGGGCUCUGGAGGACUCCUGCGCCCAAGGCCUAGGAGGGGCCGCAUCUUGCAGCCCCUGAGUCUCAGUCCCUUGGUGUGGGGUGGGGACCUGACAGCAGAAGGAACCUUCCACCAAGUGUGGGUCCGUGGCACCCCCUGCUGGUGUGUCUUAGCAUAGCUCUGGAGCAGAGCCCUGAGCAGCCCUGAGUCCUGUGGCUGGUGGCUCCAAAGACACCGCACCCGAAGACACCACACCCGCACCUGGGGGGCUGCUCCUGUGUGGGUGCCGCUCCUUGGCCCUGUCCCCGCCCACCCCCACAGGGUCCUGACGCCUCCCCCUGCUGGCCGGCACCUGUGGCCGCCUCUCCGAUGAGAACCACAGGGUGAAAGAGGGGAGGGCAGCAUUUGUGCUGAGCUCUGGGCCCCUCCCGAGGGAGGGUCAAGCACCAGUAUGAGGAAGGGCCUGAGGGGACAUCAUGUGUCCUGGUGUUCCAGAGCCUGGGGCUUCUGCUGGGCCUCCCUGCGGGCUCAGUCCCAAAGAGGCAGCCCAGAAUGGCCCAGGGAGGGGCCCUCUGCCACAGACCCCACCCCAGCCAGCUCCAUUUCCAGGGACUUGCCCGGUGAAGUCCACGCUUCCUAGCUCUCCUCCUGUCUGCUGGGGGCCUCCUCCGCUCCCCUGCAGCCUCUGCGGUGGCCCCAGGAUCCCACCCAGACUCCUCAGUGUGGAACCCCUGUCUUCGUCUGUCAGCACGUGCAACCUGCCUCCUCCCCGGGCCCCUCCCACGCAGCUCCUUCGCUGCACACCCCCCUACAGCCCUCUCUCAGCCCUGUCGUUGGCGUACAGCAUGGCUUUCUUGUGCUGCCACCUCCCCCCUUUGCCCUACCCAGCCCGGCCCCACACAGGCCCUGUAGACUGUAGGUGCCCCGUGAAGACUUGGGGAGCAGCCUCCCACCACAUGACCUCCCUCAGCUGGUCCUGAGGGCCUGGGCACUGGGGGGAGGAGGGGAAGCCAACAGCCACCCAAGCAGCCCUGUAAGCCUGUGGCAGCUCGAGCCACAGGUGCCAGGGGUCCCGCCCACCAGCCUGAUUCCCACGUGGCUGCGGCCCUUGGUGGCCCCGGGCACCGUGCCUCUGCCGUCUCCAUCCUGCUUGCUCUUGCUGUGGGGCAUUGGCCCUCUCCUGCCCACUCUUCCAGUCUCCUCUGAGCCGGGCCACCGUGGUACAGGAGGAAGGACCAGUAGUCCUUGUGGUUUCAGGCAGGCCUGGAAUCUGCCUGGAACUUUGUUUCUCCACCUGUAACAUGGGGCCAGUCAUCCUGCUCUGCUGUCCCCAGGGACUGUCCAGAGGCUCCAAGGGGGACAGUGUGAGUCCCUAGUAAGGGACAGAGGUGCUGAGAGGCGGUACCAUGCUCGCCACCCCCACCCCCCACCACUGCCACCCUUGCCCCCGCUCUGAGCCCCCACAGCCCUCUGCUGUAGCACCAACUUUGGUGUUCAUUAAACACGGUCUCGUUAUGUGAACUCUGACGGUCCAAGUCUGCUGUCUUCGGUCAGAGGGGCCUCCAGGGGCUCCUCUGGGCCUGCUACCAAGCGGGGUGCCACAGGCGGCACCCUCAGCAUGCUGGUCAGUGCAUCAUCCGUGGAAUGUUGACGGCCUUUCAGGGCGCCUGGAGGUCCAUUCUAGCACCGUCUGUGUGGCUCCCUCUGGAGGGAGCCUGGGGGAUUCUUCUGAGAGUGAAUCUGGAGGAGUCUCUGGCUGCCCCGAGGGGUCCAGUGUAGGAGGCCCAGCGCUGCUUAGCCACCACCUCUGUCUGUGGCGUGAGGUCUCCGCAUGCGCACGCAUGGUCCUCCUUUCCCUCGGCUCUCACGUCGUCUUCCCAGCUGUCCUGCUGAAGUAAAGAGAGAGAGAGGCAGAGACAUAGGCAGAGGGAGAUGCAGGCUCCAUGCAGGGAGCCCAAUGCAGAACUCGAUCCCCGGUCUCCAGGAUCACACCCCGGGCUGAAGGCAGCGCUAAACCACUGGGCCACCAGGGCUGCCCUGUUUUAGAAAAUUCUGAAGAUUUCAGGCUUUCAGAUUCCUCUUACCCAUUUCCUGAAGCCAUAAGGCCAUUAUAGUCCCCUUAUGUGUGUUGUAUUUAAUAGAUUCAGAUUUUGUAAGUUUUUAAUUUUGAAAUAACUUCAGAUUUACAGGAGAAAUGGAAAGGUGGUACAGAGACUUUCCAUAGCCCCCGCCCACCUCCUGCAGUGUAGAUACAGGGCACAUAUCCGAGCAGUAACAAAUGUUGAUAUAUAAUGCUAUUAACUACAGAUUUAGCCAGAUUCCUUCAGUUUGUCCAGUCCUUUUCUCUGUUCUAGGAAUAGAUUUAAUUUGUACAGAUAUUUACAUUUUUUUUAAAAACGCAGAAUGUCCUCAAAAUUCACGAGACUAAACCUGUUCAAAAAAGUAAAUUGCCACUAAUUAGCACAGUGAGGUCUCAGGCAUGGAUGCCUGUCGUGACUGUUCUCGUCCUUCCGCCCCCAAAUGUCUCGUUUGCAUGUGGACGUUACCAGCUGAAGCAGGAGUACAGCGGAUGCCUCACAGGUGCUUCACGCUACCACAUCUAAGUUAGAGAAGGGUGUGGAUCUUUAAAAAUUUUGUUUUAAAAAAACAAAAUUAUGACCACGAGGUGUUAAGAUGGCAGAGCAGUCAGGGGGCCCUGAGCUCGUCUUUGCCCCUCGAACACAGCUAGAUACUUAUCAAAUCCUUCUGAACACCCAAGAAAUCAGUCAGAGGUCUGAGAGGACAAAACUGCAAGCCUACAAAAGUAGGAAAGUGACCACCUUGUGGAAGAAACCAAGAUUGCACUGUAUGUUGACUAAAAUUUCAAUUAAAAAUUACGAUCUUCAUUAUAGUCGUGUCAGAUUGUGGUCAAGAAGUGAGGUACAGCAUCACGUGACUCGUCACUGAAGAUGAAAUGCGUCACAUGUUUGCAGACACGCUCACUUGACCAGACCCUAUGGAAUUUGUUAACUCUGUGCUUGGGACCAAGGAAGCAAAAUCAGAGGACACGCUGUCGCACAGACAUGCUGACUCGUGACAUGACGCAGAGGCACAGCAGCAGAGCCGCUGCUUCAGCUUGCCAGAUCCGCAGGUGUAUUCCCAGCUGGCCAGAAGCCCUUGGGUUGCCGGGAAGCACCCCCGAGUGCGGGUGCCUGCAGGUCGGGUCUGCUCCAGGGGCGCCAGUGACGGCAUGGAGGUCCGGGAGGGGCCCUGCUCCAUUUCAUACGGAAGUGCGCUGCUUGGCAAAGGACAUGGUUUGCCAAAAGCUAGUGAGCUAAUGAUUAAGGAGGAGAAAGGGUUGUGUGGGUCCCUUUAUCUUCCCGUUCUUGUGUAGGGUGGUCAUUGGCUGAGAAAUGGAUUUUACCAGAUUGACACGUUGGAGCAUCUGAGUGAAUAAAGGAUGGCGAGACCAAGUGAAAAUAGACUGGCGUGUCGUGACUGGAUGUGUGGCUUGGCAGCCAAAUCUAAGUUGGGGAAAGUGAAAAUAAAUGAUUUAGGAAUACGGUCAGUCAGUGUUCAUUUGAGCCCUAAAUAAAAUUAAGGCAAACUAGUGAAA